UCGGUCAGCUUUAUCACCAACGUCCUUUUUCCCGCAGCUGGUUCAUGCCGCCGGUGUGCCAGUGAGAUGCCGGAUUGGUCCCUGCUUUUGUCUUCGGUCUGAUCUCACAGAAGACUUGGAGACGGACCGGGACGCGUAACUUUUCAAGAUGACUUUCGCCAUGCUGCGGCCUGUGGUGACACACUUGAUCUACUCCGACUUCACUGUCACGUCUGAGGAUGAUGAAAACCGCAGCGAAAGCGACGGCAGCUCGGAGCAAAGUUACUGUGACUCCUCUGAAAAACGGAGACGGAUUUCGCGCAAACUGGAUGGCGAGCCCCCGGUGGUUGUCAAACAGAGGAGCGCCGCUAACGCCAGGGAGAGAGGCAGGACCGAGAGUGUCAACGGCGCGUUCACAGCUCUUCGGACUCUCAUACCCACCGAGCCGAUGGACAGGAAGCUCUCCAAGAUUGAAACUCUUCGACUAGCAUCCAGCUACAUUUCCCAUCUGGCCAAUGUGCUUCUUCUCGGAGACAGCGGCGCUGAUGGCAAGCCGUGCCUCGGCGCGGUUCGUGCGCAAGGAGAGAGCGGCGCGCUGCAGCCGCGGACCAUCUGCACCUUCUGCUUGAGCAACCAGAGAAAAGGGAUAAAGGAUGGAAGAGACUGUUUCAAAAUGCGAAGGCUGCAUGGUCCGCUGCGAAUGAGACGCUGACUGAAGACCAGAGAACGAUUAGCAACCUGAAAAUCCUCAAAGACUUUCUCAGGGAAGUUUCGAAGCUGGUGUUACACACACACAGACACACACACACACACACACACACACACACACACACACACACACACACACACACUCACACGCUCAUGCUGGAUCAAAUGAUGGAACCCAUAAGAGACUAUUUAUACUUGAAAUGUAAUCAUAAGCCUCUCAAAGAUGCAGUGCAUUUGUUUGAAACUUAUGAACUUUUUUUAUGUCCUGGAUGUUUUAAAUAAAAUAUAUUUUAUCAAAAAUAA